AUGUACAGUAAUGAGGUCUCCCAUCCAUCCUUUACAAUGUCUGUUUCUCUCAAGGAGCUUUUAAAACUGUCCAUAGGUUCUCCUGAACUCGGGGCCGUCAACUUCAAUGCCCUCUACUCUCUGCUUCAUGGCCUCCUGGAGCAUCUACAGCUCAAUGACGUACAAAGAAAUCUGUCCCCAGAAGAGAGGGAGUUCAUACAGCCGCGGUCAGUGCAAGUGGAGGACACCGGUAGACCGUCCACUCUCUUCCACCAGCUGCAGGAUAAAGUGUCCAAGAUGGAAGCCAGGGUUCUCCAGCUAGACUCUCUUCCGAGCUUUGCCAGCCUUCUCCAAGGCAGCCAGUCGCAGAACAAGCCCGUGGAGGAGAUGUGGCAACUCAUGCAGCUCAAGAAGCAGACGGAGGUCAACGAACAGGGAGUGACUAAGUCCAUGAGUGCCUUCCAGGAACUUCUCAGCACCUUCAAUAGCCUCCAGGAAGCCAACAGCUUGAUCCAAGAAAAACUGGCCUCCCUCAAUGACCUGGUAAUUAAGAUAAACAUUCAGGAAGUGGAGAGAAGACUACAAGACCUGGAGGGGCGGGCACAAAAUAUGCCUCUGCUGAUGGACAGCAUGGAGAGUCUGCAAAAGAGAUUGAAUACUUACCCCGAGGCUGGAGAUCUGGUGACGUGGCCAUCGCUGCAUGACGCACUGACCGACAAAAGUUCAGACUGGGCUCUCAGCAAUGACACAAAGCAGCAGAACGUGAAGAAGGUUCUGAAUGGUUUGGGGACCCUCGGCAGCAGGCAUGAGGUACUGCAGAAUCGAGUUCAGAGUAUCGAGGAAGAGCUGAAACGGCUGGACCUGGAGAUGCGUAAGAAGGCGGUUCCUGACGAUUUGCUGCAGCAGCUAAGUAGCCUGAGACAGGAUCUGGAGAAACUCUUCAAUGAAAACAAAAAGGACAAGUUGGAUAUGAAAGCCCUCCUGAACGGCCUCCAUGAGCUGAACCUGGCCCUCCAAAAACUGGAAACAAAGACCGAUAAACUAUCGACGGAUCUAUCAGAGACUGCGACAUUUCAGAGUCAGCUAGAUGAGCUGGAGAAGAAGAAGCUGAACAAAGAGGAGUUCAUGUUGGAACUUAAUCUGAAAGCUGAAAAGCGGGCACUGGAAGCCAAAGUGGGCCACGAUGAACUGGAGGCCGCUAUUAGUGAGGUCAAUGCCGUACUGGAGGAUCUGAUUAAGAAACUGGCCAUACAGGAGUCCGAGUGGCAGAAUAUGCUGCAGAAACUGCUUGCCGGGCUGGAGGCCAAGCUGAGCCAGUCAGAUUUGGAUUCCAUACAGAAAGACCUAGAGGAGUUGUGGAGGCUCCUCAAGAAGCAUCUUAGCUCCAGUCAAGCCUUUGACCCGGAUGGGGCGGCUGGAUCUAGGAAGAAACUGUUCGAGAGAGUCAAAUGCAUUUCUUGUGAUCGCCCGGUUACCAUGGCCACGGGCCCGCACCUUGUCACGGUCCGUACAGUGCCUCUAAACCCGCGUGACCGUCCGCACAGCGCUCAAUUCGGCAAGGAUAAAAGCAGCGGUGACCCCCAACAGGUAACAGACCCUGAAUUCCAGUACACAGAGUCACCGAGACCUAACACGUCCUGCUCACUGCACAGGAAGACCCCCCGCAGCCAGAACCUGACCACCGUUUACCCCUAUGGCGACCCGGGACAAAUACAGUACAAAAAUGUAAGAACGGACAUUGAACUGGGAGGCGCACUUCCCGUUAUGUGGAGUAGACACAUUUAUGAUGGCUGA